CUUGCAGCUGGGCGCAGAGCCCGAGGAGUGGCAGCGCGGAGCUGACCCUACGUGUCGUCACUGUGCUCAUUGCCCCCAGGCGGUGGGCGAACCCCAGACGCUCCGGCUCAGGUCCCGUCCCGGCUCUGCGCCGCUCGCCUGCCCUCCGUCCCUCGCCAGCACACUCCUAAGAUCCGAGGACUUAGUUGCGAACGCUCCGGCCCAAGAUCUCAUCUAAACUUUCUUUGCCUACUUGUGCCUGGGAACCAGCAAUGAAGCAGAGUUUUGCCUUUGACAACAUUGGCUUCGAAGGCAGUCCGGAUGGCCUGUGCCCUUCCCCUCAGGUGGCCACGAACCUGAUCAGGAUUUGGGGUAUGACUUGCCAGUCAUGUGUCCAGUCCAUCGAGGGCAUGAUUUCUAGUUUGAAAGGCAUCGUAAGCAUUGAGGUUUCCCUGGAACAAGGCAGUGCCACUGUGAAACAUGUGCCAUCAGUCAUCAGCCUGCAGCAGGUUUGCCAUCAAAUUGGGGACAUGGGUUUUGAAGCCAGCAUCACACAGGGAAAGGCUGCUUCCUGGCCCUCCAGGUCCUGGCCCUCCCAGGAGGCUGUGGUGAGGCUCCGUGUGAAGGGCAUGACCUGCCAGUCCUGUGUCAGCACCAUCGAAGGCAAGGUCCGGAAACUGCAAGGAGUAGUGAGGGCCAAAGUCUCCCUCAGCAGCCAGGAGGCCAUCGUCACUUACCAGCCUUAUCUCAUUCAGCCAGAAGACCUCAGGGAUCACGUAAAUGACAUGGGGUUUGAAGCUGCCAUCAAGAACAAAGUGACGCCCUUAAGCCUGGGACCAAUUGAUAUUAGGCAGUUACAGAGCACUAACCCAAAGACGCCUUCAGCUUUUGCUAACCAGAAUUCCAAUAAUUCUGAGACCCUGGGCAACCAAGGGAGCCAUGUGGUCGUCCUCCAACUGAGAAUAGAUGGAAUGCACUGUACGUCUUGCGUCUUAAAUAUUGAAGGAAGUAUAGGCCAACUCCCAGGGGUUCAAAAUAUUCGAGUGUCUUUGGAGGACAGAACUGCCCAAGUACAGUAUGAUCCUUCUCGUACCAGCCCCAUGUCUUUGCGGAGGGCCAUUGAGGCGCUUCCACCCGGGAACUUUAAAGUUUCUCUUCCUGAUGGAGCAGAAGGCAGUGGAACAGAUCACGGGUCUCCCAAUUGCCACUACCCUGGCUCCCCGCAGAGAGACCAGGUGCAGAGCAGUCCCACAGUGCUUACCAUUGCAGGCAUGAGCUGUGCAUCCUGUGCCCAGGCUAUCAAAGGCGCCAUCUCCCGGCGGGAAGGGGUGCAGCAGGUGUCAGUCUCUUUGGCUGAAGGGAGUGGAACGAUUCUUCAUGAUCACUCUGUAAUUAGCUCAGAAGAGCUCAGAGCUGCUGUGGAAGACAUGGGGUUUGUGGCCUUGGUUGCUCCUGUGGGGAACUAUUCUCUCAACCCUGUUGGACACCUCAGUGGUGGCACUUCCAUGGUGCAAACUACAGGUGUCCCACCUGUGUCUGUGCGGGAAGUGGCUCCCCAUGCUGGGGAGCUUUCUCAAAGCCAUGAGCCCAGUCACUUGCCAAAGGCCCUUCAAGCCACCAGAACAGUGGGGCUGCAGAAAUGUUUUUUACAAAUCAAAGGCAUGACCUGUGCAUCUUGUGUGUCUAACAUAGAAAGGAAUCUGCAGAAAGAAGCUGGUGUUCUCUCCGUGUUGGUUGCCUUGAUGGCGGGAAAGGCAGAAGUCAAGUAUAAUCCAGAAGUCAUCCAGCCACCCCGGAUAGCUCAGCUCAUCACAGACCUGGGAUUUGAGGCUGCCGUCAUGGAGGACUAUGCAGGCUGCAAUGGCGACAUCGAGCUGAUUAUUACGGGGAUGACCUGCACGUCCUGUGUCCACACCAUUGAGUCCAAGCUCACAAGGACAAAUGGCAUCACCUAUGCCUCUGUGGCCCUUGCCACCAGUAAAGCCCUUGUUAAAUUUGAUCCAGAAAUUAUCGGUCCACGGGAUAUUAUCAGAAUUAUUGAGGAAAUUGGCUUUCAUGCUUCCCUGGCCCGGAGAAACCCCAGUGCUCAUCACUUGGACCACAAGAUGGAAAUAAAACAGUGGAAGAAGUCUUUCCUGUGCAGCCUGCUGUUUGGCGUCCCUGUCAUGGGUUUAAUGAUCUACAUGCUGGUACCCAGCAGUGAGCCCCACGUCCUGGACCAUAACAUCAUUCCCGGACUGUCCAUUCUAAAUCUCUUCUUCUUUAUCUUGUGUACUUUUGUCCAGGUCCUUGGUGGAUGGUACUUCUAUGUUCAGGCCUACAAAUCCUUGAGACACAGGUCAGCCAACAUGGACGUGCUCAUCGUCCUGGCCACAAGUAUCGCCUACAUCUACUCUCUGGUCAUCCUGGUGGUUGCAGUGUUUGAGAAGGCUGAGAGGAGUCCUGUGACGUUCUUCGACACCCCCCCCAUGCUCUUCGUGUUCAUCGCCCUGGGGCGCUGGCUGGAGCAUGUGGCGAAGAGCAAAACCUCAGAAGCCCUUGCCAAACUCAUGUCUCUCCAAGCUACAGAAGCCACUGUUGUGACCCUUGGUGAGGACAACUUAAUCAUCAGAGAGGAGCAAGUCCCCAUGGAGCUGGUGCAGCGUGGUGACAUCAUCAAGGUGGUCCCUGGGGGAAAGUUCCCAGUGGAUGGGAAAGUACUAGAAGGCAAUACCAUGGCUGACGAGUCCCUCAUCACAGGUGAAGCCAUGCCUGUCACCAAGAAACCCGGAAGCACCGUGAUCGCUGGAUCCAUAAAUGCACACGGCUCUGUGCUGAUUCAAGCAACCCAUGUGGGCAACGACACCACUUUGGCUCAGAUUGUGAAAUUAGUGGAAGAGGCUCAGAUGUCAAAGGCGCCCAUUCAGCAGCUGGCCGACCGGUUCAGUGGAUAUUUUGUCCCAUUUAUCGUCAUUAUUUCAACUUUGACGUUGGUGGUAUGGAUUAUAAUCGGUCUUAUCAAUUUUGGUGUUGUUCAGAAAUACUUUCCUAACCCCUACAAACACAUCUCUCAGACGGAGGUGGUGGUCCGCUUCGCCUUCCAGACAGCCAUCACCGUGCUGUGCAUCGCCUGCCCCUGCUCCCUGGGGCUGGCCACGCCCACAGCUGUCAUGGUGGGCACCGGAGUGGCCGCCCAGCACGGCAUCCUCAUCAAGGGCGGGAAGCCCCUGGAGCUGGCGCACAAGAUAAAGACUGUGAUGUUCGACAAAACUGGCACCAUCACCCACGGGGUCCCCAGAGUCAUGCGCUUCCUCCUGCUCGUGGACGAGGCCUCACUGCCCCUCAGGAAGGUUCUGGCCGUGGUGGGGACUGCAGAGGCCAGCAGUGAACAUCCCCUGGGGGUGGCAGUCACCAAAUACUGUAAGGAGGAACUUGGAACAGAGAUCUUGGGAUACUGCACAGACUUCCAGGCUGUACCAGGUUGUGGAAUUGGGUGCAAAGUCAGCAAUGUGGAAGGCAUCCUGGCCCACAGGGAGCGCCCACCAGGUGAACGGGCCGGUCAUCUGAACGGGGUUGGCAGCCUUCCUGUGGAAAAAGAUGCAGCCCCGCACACCUACUCUGUGCUGAUUGGAAACCGGGAAUGGCUGAGGCGCAAUGGCUUAACCAUUUCCAGUGACGUCAGUGACGCUAUGACAGACCACGAGAUGAAAGGGCAGACGGCCAUCCUGGUGGCCAUUGACGGUGUGCUCUGCGGGCUCAUCGCCAUCGCAGACUCUGUCAAGCCGGAGGCCGCCCUGGCUGUGCACACACUGCAGAGCAUGGGCAUUGAUGUGGUUCUGAUCACGGGGGACAAUCGGAAGACGGCCAGAGCCAUUGCUACUCAGGUUGGGAUCAGGAAGGUCUUCGCGGAGGUACUACCUUCUCACAAGGUGGCCAAAGUCCAGGAGCUGCAGGACACAGGAAGGAAAGUCGCCAUGGUGGGAGACGGGAUUAAUGACUCCCCGGCCUUGGCCCAGGCAGACAUGGGUGUUGCUAUCGGCACUGGCACAGACGUUGCCAUCGAGGCGGCCGACGUUGUCCUCAUCAGAAAUGACUUGCUCGAUGUGGUGGCUAGCAUUCACCUUUCUAAGAGGACUGUCCGCAGAAUCCGAGUCAAUCUGGUCCUGGCGCUGAUUUAUAACCUGAUUGGGGUCCCCAUCGCAGCAGGAGUCUUCAUGCCCAUCGGCAUCGUGCUGCAGCCGUGGAUGGGCUCGGCGGCCAUGGCAGCCUCCUCCGUGUCUGUGGUGCUGUCCUCCCUGCAACUCAAGUGCUAUAAGAAGCCCGACCUGGAGAGGUACGAGGCGCAGGCCCACGGCCGCAUGAGGCCUCUGACCGCGUCACAGGUCAGUGUGCAUAUUGGCAUGAAUGACCGACGCCACGACUCCCCCAGGGCCACAUCGUGGGACCAGGUCAGCUACGUCAGCCAGGUGUCUUUGUCCUCCCUGACUUCCAACAGGCCACGUCGGCAUAGCACUGCUGUGGACAGUGGUGGGGACAAGUGGUCUCUGCUCCUGAAUGACAGAGAUGAGGAGCAGUAUAUCUGACAGCCCUGGGCAGGACUGACCCAGCUCCCUCCAGCCUAGCGGCCAGCUCUUCUCCUCCCCAGGAGGAGCAGCUGCUGAGCCCAUGGUCAGCAGCAGGGUGGGCAAAGCUUGGCCCAGCUUUGGGGGACUUCACUUCUUGGACAUUUCCAAUAAUCUCGCCCUGAAGAGGCCUUGUCCAGAUACAGCUGGCAUUGGCCUGGAGAGGAUUGCCCUGCCUGGGUCCUACUGGUGCUGGCCUGAGUGUUGUGGCGUCACCGUGCUGUCAGAGUGUGCUUUGUCAGAAUCCUGCCUGGACUCCAGAGUACGAGAAGCAAGUCAGCUCUCAUAGACUCUGCUUGUGGUGUUUGGGUCGACUACCUAUAUAAUGAGAAACACUGUCAAUGGGACCGAAAACCUAGCUUGGUCCUUUCCAGGGACCUUGUAUUAAAUCAGAACUCACUGUUUGACUCUU